GCCCUGAGAAGCUCCACCUCCACAACCACCUUCUGCGUUAAUUUCAGCGUGAUCUGUCCACGGAGUGACACACAGCGCUCCGGAUCCGUCAGUCUGCGGCUUAAUAUCGAUGAGGCAUAGAAAAGACUCCGCGUUCAACCUCUCCUUAGCACCGGGGGGGCUUUGUUUCCGUGCUUUGAAGCGUCUUUUCAUUAUAAUGCCGCGGCUGAGGACGCGCAGCUGAGUUAAGGACCGUGGAUCCAGCUUGCAGAGAGGGUGAAAGCACCUUGCAUCCAGCCAUGGGAGGUCAGAUCACCAGGAAUACCUUGUACGAUUCUCUAAACGGGCCGUUUCCUGCACCAUCGCACCGAUUUCAUCACAAGCCGCAGCGCUAUCUGCCCAUCCAGCCAUGUGGAAAUUUGUCCUCCUUCCCUCUGCUCUUCCACCCCAGCACCAAAGGUUCGCAGAUUAUCAUGGACCUGUCACAGAGAACCGUCAAGAGACAGGCCAGCUUCUGCAACGGUAUCACCUUCAGCAACAGGCCCAUCGCUGUUUACGAGCAGGUUCGGCUGAAGAUAACUAAAAAGCAGUGCUGUUGGAGCGGAGCGCUGCGUCUGGGUUUUACAUCUAAAGACCCGUCAAGGAUAAAUCCAGACAACUUACCCAAGUACGCCUGCCCUGACCUCGUCGCCCAGAGUGGCUUCUGGGCAAAAGCCUUGCCAGAGGAACUAUCUAACGAGGGGAACGUCAUAUCUUUCUGGGUCGAUAAGAAGGGCAGAGUCUUUUACCGUAUCAACAACUCCAAUCCCAUGCUGUUCUUCAGUGGCGUGCCUGUCGCUGAACCUCUUUGGGCUCUCAUCGAUGUCUACGGCCUAACCAGAGGAGUCCAGCUGCUUGACAGUGAGAUGGUCCCCUUGGACUGCCUGCGUCCUCGCUCCUUUGCUGCCACCCAUCGGUCUUCAGUUCGGCGAAACAGUCACGACCCUCGCCUCACCAUUAGUCUGUGUGACCUGAGCCUGCAGCAUCAAGAGAUGCAGCUGGAGGAAGAGGACGAGGGGGAGGAAGAGGAGCGACUCCAGCCCUUAAGCUCCACCUCGUGCCACGUUCCCCAGAACUCUCAGAACUCGCAGCAGUGCUCGCUGCUGCCCAGCCACCUGGACACCGAUCUGCAGUUCCACACGGUCCACGGCCUCCACGUCACCGCGCUGGAUAAACACACGGUGGCCCGGCCAGAUCACCGCGGCGACGAGAGGACGCUGGUGUUCACCAGCCGCCCCAUGCACUGUUCAGAGACUGUGUUCGUGAAGGUGAAGGCAGGAGCCGUCCGGGCGGGGUCACUUUCCUACGGCGUGACAUCCUGCGACCCGGCCGCCCUCAGGCCCAGUGACCUGCCGUCAAACCCCGAGUCCCUGGUUGAUCGCAAGGAAUUCUGGGCCGUGUGCAGGGCGGCUGUCCAGCUCCACAGCGGGGAUAUUUUGAGCUUCGUGGUGAAUUCAGAGGGGGAGCUUAUGAUGAGCCAUAAUGGGAACAGUGCAGGAAUGCAGCUGUGUGUUGAUAACUCAAGGCCUCUCUGGAUGUUCUACGGUCUGCAUGGCUCCAUCACACAACUCAGAAUUUUAGGCUCAUCUUUGCCUCCAGACUAUCAAGGCCAAUCUGUGCCCAGCUCCCCAUCGUGCACACCCGGCUCCCCAACAAUGCUCUUCAGUGGCCACUCUGGGAUGAACCUCAACACCACACUGAACAUCAGUCUGAAUUCAAGCCUUAACUCCAACUAUCACACACUAUUUUCUACUUCCACAGGUACGACCCCGAGCUCACCGUUUUCCAGCCACCCACAGUCCCCUACCUUCCCGUCUUGUUCCAGCUCGUGGAGUGACGAAUGCACCAUCUGCUACGAGAACAUGGUGGACACCGUUCUCUAUGCCUGCGGCCACAUGUGUCUCUGCUACGCCUGCGGCCUGAAGCUCAAGAAGAUGGCCAACGCCUGCUGCCCCAUUUGCCGACGGACAAUCAAAGACAUCAUCAAGACCUACCGAAGCAAAUAGGUUCACGUCAACCAUUGCUCAAGACGUCGUGAAAGCCAUGUGUAACUUUUUAUUAGACAGCACAAAUGAUAAUCCGGCUCAGGUACUCUACAGCAGGACUUUAUGCUUGUUUGUUAAAACCUUUAGUUCAAAUAGUUGGAGCAAUCAUAAAACCACCAUUAGAAAGGCAGUGUGAUCAAGAAAAGCUAAAGAUGUGAUUGUUAUGGCAAAAACAACAUGGCAGCACACCUCGACUUACUCCUUGCUGAAGAGGAAGAGCUUUCUGAAGAGGCACACAUCCCACUUCAUGCAGAAUACCCCUUCAUGAUCUCUCUAUCCAAACAGCGAUUGUCCAGAGCCGAGGAUAACAACAACCAGUAUCAAUCUGUGGCUCGACCAGCUGCUACUCCACUGCUUGUCAGGAAGCAUUGAGUCAGAGAGUUGUUUAGAGGGAAGAAUCAAUUCUCUUCUAAAAUGGAGGGAAAAUCAAGGGAAGAUAGUUUUAUUUUGAGAUUCCAGUAGAAGAAGAUAAGUGUAAAGACUGAGAAAACCUUCCUUUAGCAAUAAUAGGACAAUAAAACCUAAGCUUUAAAGGUACAAAGAACCUUAAAGGAACUGUAAUGUGGGAUAAGUAAAGUGUUCUGCAGAAUAUCACCCCUCCUGAGGUUCUCUGAACUCCAGGCAGAGCGGGACUGUCCAAAGGGUGCAAAAAGUGAGACUGAUGUCACUGGAAAAGGUCACGCCUGAUUUGGAUCGAGGAUGUGACUCAGUAAAGAUGGAGGCUGACGAGGAAGGAUGAUGGUGUACGUUUGAGAGGGGGGGGGGGGGUUAGCUGUGUAAGCCUGUCAUGGUGAAGACAAAGUGUUAGAUCACUCGCGUGUUGAGAUCCGUGUUCUGGUUCUUAGCUGUCAUACCCUCCUCUCUGUGGCUGUCCUGUAACUCUGCAGGAUUCUGUAAUUGCACAAAACAUCAUCCAAAUAAAGAGUGGUGGGUGCUGGA